AUGGGUGGCGACAAAACAAUGCCCAUAGCCAUCAUUGGCAUGAACAUGAAGUUCCCAGCAUUCUAUCACCCCGACCCAAACCGCCUAGACAGUAUUCGCAUCAGAAAUGCACAUUUCAUGACCGAAGACCCCCGCGCCUUCGACGCGCCCUUCUUCAAUAUGUCCCACGCCGAAGCCUCAGUGCUCGACCCACAACAACGCGGCCUCCUCGAAGGCGCCUACCGCACCUUCGAAAACGCCGGCAUCCCCAUGGAAUCCCUCUCACGGACCCCCACAUCCGUAUACUGUGCUUCCUUCUCCCGCGAUGGCGAAACAAUCACAGGCCGCGAUUUCGCAUCGCAAUCCCGGUACCACGCUACCGCCAACGGCUCCUCAAUGCUAAGCAACCGCAUCAGCCACUUUUUCGAUCUCGCAGGACCGUCGUUGACGGUGGAUACGGCGUGCUCGUCCGGGCUGUACGCGCUGCAUCUCGGUGUGCAGAGUAUACUGACGGGUGAGAGCACAAUGUCGCUUGUGUGCGGCGCAAACACGUUUAUCACGCCAGAGAGCCAAGCGCUUGCGCUUAGCAACGGGGGGUUCCUGAGUGUAGACGGUAAGAGUUAUAGUUUUGAUGCCAAGGCGAAUGGGUAUGCGAGGGGAGAGGGGUUUGGGUUUGUGCUGCUGAAGCCGCUGGAUGCGGCGCUUAGAGAUGGGGAUGUGGUGAGGGCGGUGGUGAGGGCCACGGGUGCGAAUCAGGAUGGUAGGACGCCGAGUAUUACACAGCCGAGUCAGCAGGCGCAGCUGGAUCUGUUGAGGGAUACGUAUCGUGUUGCGGGAUUGGAUGUUGCUGAUACUGGAUAUGUGGAGGCUCAUGGUACAGGGACACCUGUUGGUGACCCGAUUGAGGCUUCUGCAAUAGGGCAAGCUUUCCGAGACGGUCGUAGUCUUGACAGACCGCUUUACAUUGGGUCUGUCAAAGCGAGUAUUGGUCACUUGGAGGGUGCUUCGGGCUUGGCUGGUGUCAUCAAAGCUGUUCUCUCACUGGAAAAGGCGGUAAUUCCGCCGAUUGCCAUGUUUGAAAAGGUCAAUCCUGCUAUUGAUGCAGCAGAUCUUCAGCUCGCGUUCCCCAAAGAAGCAGUCCCAUGGCCGGCAUCAGAAGUUCGCAGAGCAUCAGUAAGCUCCUUCGGAUACGGAGGUAGUAAUGCUCAUGUGAUCCUUGACGAUGCGUACAACUAUCUGCGCAGCCGUAGCUUGAAAGGCCUGCAUAAAUCCGUCAGCGGACCUCUGCCUACGAACGGAUACGCAAAUGGUCGUACAAACGGACAUACUAACGGACAUACCAAUGGUCACACCAACGCGUAUUCUAAUGGACACGCUAAUGGCCACUCCAAUGGACAUAGUAAUGGCCACACCAACGGCAACAGCGCCAUUCCACCCACAACCCCCUACGCCAUCCUUCCCUUCUCAGCGGCAGACAGCGACGGCACAAAGCGCCAAGCAGAAGCACUCCAAACUUUCCUCUCCUCCCACAAGACUCUCUCCUCCACAACUUUCCUCUCAGACCUAUCCUACACUCUCUCCUCGCACCGAUCCCUCCUCACAUUCCGCUCUUUCGCUGUCGUCUCUUCUCUCAAAGAUGAUCUUACAACCCUCGUCUCGCCCAGCAUCUUCAGCAGUACCUCAUCCUCGCCCGACCUCUCUUUCGUCUUCACAGGCCAAGGUGCACAAUACGCUCGUAUGGCUAUCGGACUCCUGCACUACCCGAUUUUCCAUCAAAGUCUGGAGGAGUGCGACGCCUAUCUCACCACUUUGGGUAGCAGCUGGUCUGUACUAGAAGAGCUCAAGAAGGACAAGGAGACCAGUAGAGUCACAAAGCCGGCGCUAUCGCAGCCUCUUUGUACCGCUAUACAAAUUGCUCUCAUCGAUCUGCUGCGUACAUGGGGCGUUGUUCCUCGUGCGGUAGUUGGUCAUUCGUCAGGUGAGGUCGCAGCUGCGUACUGUGCGGGUGGGUUGGACCGCGAGAGUGCAUGGCGAGUCGCUUACUUCCGUGGUGUUGUGGCCGAUAAGUUGGCUUCUGACUCGGCGAGGGAGGCAACUACGAUGAUGUCGGUGGGUUUGGGCAAGGACACUGUCCAGAAGUAUCUCAAGGCGGAGCCAACCGUGACGGUCGCGUGUGAGAACAGCCCCGUCAACGUGACCUUGUCAGGUCCAAAGGCGGCCAUCUUGCGGUUGUUUGAUACGUUGGAUGCUGAGGAGGUUUUUGCACGGAAGUUGCCUGUGACUAUCGGAUACCACUCCGAGGCACUACGCGAUGGCGCAGUCGAGUAUGAGGGUUUACUGGCUGGGAUAUCCGCGCCGGUAAGGGACACGAAACAACCUAGCAGAGUCGCCUUCUUCUCAUCUACAGAGGGUGACUUCAUAACACUGGAAAGUCUUGCGAGACCGAACUACUGGGUGAAGAACCUUCUCUCCCCAGUCCUCUUUACCGAUGCCGUAACAGCGCUCGUCAGCGAGCGGAAGCAAGCUACCAAAUUCCUCGUUGAGAUUGGACCGCAAUCUGCUCUCCGGCGGCCCGUCAAAGAUAUCCUCUCACAACUCGGAGAAGGCGAGGAUAAAUGGUCAUACGCUGCCGUGCUUGAUCCCCGCAAACCCGACGUCUGCUCCCUUCUCGAAACCAUCGGCGCCCUUUGGAGCGUCGGUAUCCCCAUCGACCUAAACCUCCCCAAUCAAGCCAGUUUUCAGCCCACAACCCAGCCAAAGCGUGUAACAGACCUCCCCUCAUACCCCUUCUCCCGUGCCAAGCUCUACUGGGACGAACCUCGCAUCAGUGCCCUCUACUCUCAGAGGCCCUUUCGCCGACACGCCCUCCUUGGCCUACGCGAAAAUGAUUUCAACUCGGCUCAACCGACCUGGCAUCACAAGAUCCGUCUCGCGGAAGCCCCUUGGAUCGUCGACCAUGCGCUCGAAGGCUCUCCGCUUUAUCCCGGCACGGGCAUGCUCGUCAUGGCUAUCGAAGCCGCACGGCAGCUCCUCCCACCGAGCGCAGAGAUCAGUGGGUACAGACUGGAAAACGUACGGUUUAUGCGAUCUAUCCCCGUGAAUGAGUCGGAGAAAGGCACGGAGGCAAAGAUCUAUCUUCAACCACGCCGGCAUACCGCCAAAGACGCCGCGCAACGCUUGUACGACUGGCGAGUAUUCACGCUCGGUGGCGAUGAGUGGAUCGAGUGCGCGUAUGGAAGCAUCCGCGUCGAGCUUGAGGAAGCAGAGGCCUCGCCCGAGACAGCCGCUCGCAAAGCUAGAUGGGCGAGCGCUGUAAGCCAGGAGCAUGCAAGCACGGCGGGACAGUGCACAUUGAGUGUGCAGAGCGGGCAGCUGUACGAGAACUUGAGCAAAAAAUCAGGGUUCGACUACGGGCCAUAUUUCCAGGGCUUGCGAGAAAUCAAGUACUCUCGCAACGGAUGUGCAUCGGGUACGCUUGCGCUACGGGAUUAUGCGAAGAAUAUGCCCUACGCCGAUGAAGAUCCUUGUGUGAUUCACCCCACGACGUUCGACUCGGUCUUCCACGUGGGAUUUGUCUCACUCAGUAUGGGUGGGUGGGAGGCGAUACCGACGCUCAUGUUCAGCAACCUCAAGGAGCUAUGGGUCUCACACAAGCUAUUCACACUGCCCGGUAACCCGCUAUUGCACGUCGCGACAAAGGAGGUGGCUCGCACAUUUAGGGAGUAUGAAUGGGAUGCUAGCACCUUACUUGCAGAGACAGGCGAGCCUGUUAUCGUUGCCAGGGGCGAGCGCGGAACUGUCAUCGCUGGUGCCGGCAGCAGCGCCCGCAACGAUGACGAUGGUGCUAGUCGCUUCUCAUAUGGCAUUGACUUCAAGCCCGACCUCUCACUUCUAGAUAAGACCGAAACUGAGGCUCAUCUCAAAGACCUUUAUGCGCGAGACCCGCAGUUUUCGCCGGACCCUAAGGACGCCGAGGCUGUCGACCGUGCCGAUGCUAUUGCGCUGUACUUCAUUGAGCAAGCACUGGAUAAGAUAGAGAACGGCGAACCGUUGGAGUUCGAUAAUCACUUGACCAAGUAUGUAGAUUUCCUGCGCAAGGUCCGCGCCAAUAGGCAUAAGUACACGUUGGCAUCGCGGGGGCUGGGCCAUUUGGCUAUUGAGGAUGUCUUACGUGAGGCAGAUAAUGAGCCAACCCAGAAGCUUGUGAAGAAGGCUGGCGAGCAUCUCUAUGACAUUCUGGCGGGAACAGAUAAUGCAUUGCAGAUUAUUUUUGAGGGAAAUCUUGCCAAUGAUUUCUACCAUUGCGACUUUUACUCACGCCACUACCGCAAAGCUGGCGCGUAUAUGAACAUGCUAGCACACGCGAAUCCCCAGCUAAGGAUUUGCGAGGUUGGUGCAGGAACGGGCAGUGCCACGAGCAAGGUGCUGCCGUUCUUGAUUGACACUGAGGGCCUUGAGGGUGAUCGAUUGGUCCGCUUUGGCGAGUACGCAUACACCGAUGUUUCAGUCGGCUUCUUCGAAAAAGCGCGCGAAAAAUUUGCCUUUGCCGAAAAACAUAUGCGCUUCGCCAAACUCGACCUUGAAAUCUGCCCAUCCCUCCAAGGCUUUGAACUGGGCAGCUACGAUGUGAUAAUGGCCUGUAACGUAAUUCACACCACAUCAGAUCUCAUGAAGUGCCUUCGCGACCUUUACGCCCUCCUACGCCCUGGCGGUAAGCUAAUUAUGAUGGAGACCACUGUCGACAACAUCCGUGACGGCAUCAUCUUCGGUUUGUUGCCGGGAUGGUGGAUGCGUGAGGGCCAUUGGUGGGACGGUGAGGAUGUUGACGCUGUGCCCGGAGAGGACGAAGCACUGGGACCUAUUCUCACUGAAGACGGAUGGGAUGCUGCGCUAAAGACAGCGGGCUUCUCGGGUGUAGACAUGGUGUUCAGGGAUAACGAGUACAAACCCCGCCACCGCGUCUCAACGCUCGUCGCAACAAGGCCAGAGGAGGUUGAAAUCGAAGUUUUGCGCGAGCGUUGGGUUAUUCUCGCGGAUCCCGCGCAGGGUGCUUAUGUCGAUGUGCUGAAGGCGAAGCUCGCCGCCGUCCCAUGGAUCGGCAAGACGGAAACGUACACUCUCGAAGGUCUGGUUGCCGCUGGAUUGGAGCUGAGCAGCACCAAGGUCAUCAGCUUGCUUGAGACUGACACAUCCCUACUGGGCACCAUCGCAGGUCCGCAAUUCGAAGCCCUCAAGAGAAUUAGUUUGGAUGCUAAGACAGUCCUCUGGCUUACACGUGGCAGCAGUCCUGGUGCUGGCAACCCUGCCGCCGAGAUGGCAGUCGGCUUCUCGAGAAGUGUCUGCUCUGAGCGGGGUGAUCAGUCCUUUAUCACACUGAGCUUGGAAACCGAGGACCUGGCGGAAGGAGUAAGCCAUGUGAUACGUCUUCUCGAGCACUUCCACAAGGCAGAAGGAAACAGGAGCGCAGAUGCCGAGUCCGAGUAUGCAGUGCACAACGGUCUCAUCCACAUCCCGCGCAUUGUCCCACAAAAGAGUGUCAACCAGACCCUUGCAGCGCGCUCGAAACUCCCUGGCAAACUCAGCUUCGCACUCGGUCAAGCCGCCCCCAAGCCACGCAUAAACCUGACCAUCCAACAGCCCGGUCUCCUCGACACCCUCUACUACACCGAAACCCCUACUCCCAGCACCGAGCUGCAAUCAGGCGAAGUCGAAAUCGAGGUAGCAGCCGCCUCCUUGAACUUCCGCGAUGUAAUGAUCGCCCUGGGACAGGUGCCUGGCGACGGCCUCGGCCUCGAGGGCUCAGGGACUGUCACCCGCAUCGGUCCAGGCUGCAAAACCUUACAACCUGGUGACCGCGUCAUGUACUUCAUCUUCUCAACAGGUGGCUGCUGUGGAACCUACGUACGUUGCGAUGAGGCCUCGACACGCAAGAUUCCGCGCGAGAAUAUCUCCUUCUUGGACGCGGCUGCCAUCCCUGCAGUGUGGGCUACAGUUGUGUAUGCGUUUGAUUAUGUGGGCCGGCUACGCAAGGGCGAGAGCGUAUUGAUCCAUGCCGGAGCAGGUGCAGUGGGUCAAGCUGCUAUUCAGCUCGCACAGCUGCGCGGGGCUGAAGUCUUCGUCACUGUAGGAAGCGAGUGGAAACGCAAGCUGGUGAAGGAGCUUUACGGCCUCGCAGAUGAUCACAUCUUCCACAGCAGAGAAGCUAGCUUCGUUGACGACGUGUUCCAUGCCACAGCCAACCGCGGCGUCGACGUCGUCCUGAACUCCCUCGGCGGCGAACUCCUCCAACACUCGUGGCUUUGCACUGCGCCCUUCGGCCGCUUCAUUGACAUUGGCAAAGCCGACAUCCUUGCCAACAACACACUCGAGAUGGGACAUUUCCUACGCAACGUCACCUUUGCGGCUAUCGACGUCGCAGGAAUGUAUGCCGAGAACAAACCACUCAUGCAACUUGUGCUCGACGAUGUGUUCAGUCUGUUUGCAGCGAACCCUGGGUUGCACAACCCCAAGCCGCUGCAUGCGUUUGCGCCGAGCAAGAUCGAAGAGGCGAUGCGUGCUUUGCAGGGCGGCAAGAUUGCUGGCAAGGCGGUCAUUGAUUUCCAGAUGGCGGGUGAUUUAGUAGUGUAUCAGCCCGUACGGACACCGGCAUACGGCUUUGAGGCACAGGCUACCUAUGUCAUUAGCGGUGGUUUGGGCGGUUUGGGGCGUGAGAUUAUGCGCUGGAUGGCUUCUCGCGGUGCCCGGCAUUUCCUCGUCACCUCGUCUCGAGGUGUGGCCGGGCGCGCCGACGUAAUUGCCUUCAUCAAAGAGAUGGAAGCGCAGGGCGUCGUGGUCCACGCGCCGGCGUCAGAUAUCUCCAACCGCGCUGUUCUCGAGGCUACCCUUGAGAACGCUAGCAAGACACUACCGCCCAUCAAAGGCUGUAUUCAAGCAGCGAUGGUCUUGUCAGACAACAUGCUCUCUAACAUGACUGCCGAGCAAUACCACCGCGCCCUAGCCCCCAAGUACCAAGGCUCUUGGAACCUUCACGAGCUCCUACCAAAGGAUAUGGACUUCAUGGUCUUCCUCUCUUCUAUGAGUGGCAUCAUAGGCAACCCCGCGCAAGCUAACUAUGCAGCCGGUAACACCUUUGAAGACGCGCUUGCGCGGCACCGCGCUGCUAACGGGCUAAAGGGAGUCUCAUUCGAUCUCGGCUUGGUCCUGGAGGCUGGAUGGGCGAGCGACAACUUCGAAGAUGUGACAAAGAGUUUGCGCGCUGGCCUGGGUGGACUGACGCAAAAGCAACUAAUGGCAAUUUUGGACGUCUUGUGCGAUCCGGAGUAUGACUGCAAGGGUAGUGCUGCGCAAGUGAUCAAUAUCCACGACAAGCCUGUGAAACUAUACAGGAUGUUCCAAGACGGUGUGUUGCACUGGGCAGGCAAGCCACUUUUCAAAAACCUACUUCGUCUGGGCCAGGUUGAGCUGGUCAAUGGCGCUGGAGGGGGCAGUGAGGGUGAGGCCUCAGCAGUUGACUACCUGGCGCUCAUCAGGGCUGCAGCUGAUGCCGAAGAGGCCGGGCAGAUUGUAACGCUGGCAUUGCUUGGGAAGCUGAGCAAGUCGCUAUCAGUGCCAGCGGAGAGUCUCGAUGUUGGCAAGCCGGCCUAUGUGCUUGGUGUUGACUCACUCAUUGCGGUUGAACUGCGGUACUGGUUCCUCAAGCAGUUCGGUGUAGAGGUUCCUGUGUUUGUCAUUUUGAAGAAACAGUCAACCGCUGAGUUGUGCUACCAUGUGGCAGAGCAGGUUGUUGCCGCCAAAUGAGUUUAAUGAUGGCCAUGAUGUAUAUUAGUAAUACGUUGAUGAAGGAGGAGAGCAAGACGAUAGUGGAGCGAUCAUCGAGUGCAGGUCCGGUCGGGAUGCGGCCCCACUUCGCUUCAACCGCCGAGGUUACGAUAUGUUUUGGGUAGGCCCAAGUCCUUCACGCCGUCUUAUGAUGAUAAUAACCCUG